UAAUCGUGUUUCUUUCGCUUUAGUACUACCCAGAAUCCUUUAAUCUUUCCUUUCAGGUAGUCCGCUGUCACUAUGGCUCCUAUUAAGAAAGGAGAGAAAAAGAAGGGGCGUUCUGCCAUCAACGAGGUGGUGACCAGAGAAUACACCAUCAACAUCCACAAGCGCAUCCAUGGAGUGGGUUUCAAGAGGAGAGCUCCCCGCGCUCUGAAGGAAAUCCGCAAGUUCGCCAUGAAGGAGAUGGGAACUCCUGAUGUGCGCAUCGACACACGAUUGAACAAGGCCGUGUGGACCAAAGGAGUGAGGAAUGUACCAUACCGCAUUCGCGUGCGUCUGUCCAGGAAGCGCAACGAAGAUGAAGAUUCUCCCAACAAACUGUACACUCUUGUCACAUACGUUCCUGUCACAACAUAUAAAGGUCUGCAGACAGUCAAUGUUGAUGAGAAUUAGAGUUGUCUUCGCUGCUGAUGAAAUAAAUGUGUAAAUUAA